CUUCAGGUUACAGUUCUCCGGCACCAGCGCAUGGCACUGGCCUGGAUGAUCCGAAGAGAGACCGGCUCUGAGCCACGUGGCGGCAUCCUGGCGGACGACCAAGGUCUGGGCAAGACCGUCACCACCAUCUCCCUCAUCCUGGUUUCGGUGCAGCCUGGCGCUGCAGGCGGCCGCCAAGGCCACGGUCACCACAGUAAUAAGGGGCCGCUGUACGAGCCCGAGCCUCCAAACCUGCUCCUUGGUGGCACCCUGGUGGUGUGUCCUACGUCGGUGCUGCACCAGUGGGCCCGCGAGAUUCGUGACAAGGUCUCCCCAGCCGCGGGCCUGGUGGUGCACGUGUAUCACGGCAAGGACCGCGCGAGCAGCGCACGCCAGCUGGCGGCCAUGGGUGUCGUGCUGACGACGUACGGCACGCUGGCGCAGGAGGCACCGAGCCGGGACAAGCAGGCGGGACUGCCAACUGCCAAGGGCAAGGGCUCAAAUCGGCCGCGAAGCAAGCCUCCCGCAGACCCGGCAGGCGGGGCCCUGUACCAGAUAAAGUGGAAGCGCGUGGUGUUGGAUGAGGCUCAGUCCAUCAAGAAUCCUCGGACACUGGCUGCUCACGCCGCAUGGCGGCUCUUCGCGCACUGUCGCUGGUGCCUCAGCGGCACGCCCAUCCAAAACACCGUCGACGACCUGUACUCGUACUUCAGAUUUCUGCGGUACGCGCCGUACUGUGAAUCACGCAAGUUUAAGGAGCUAAUCAAAACCAAGAUCGUGGAACGGCCCGAAAUCGGGUACAAGUUCCUGCAGGCGGUGCUGCAGGUGCCGGCUCGUCGGCUUGGUCACGGCUUCGUUUCGCAGGUCCAGGCGGACUCUCUCCGGGCCAUCAAAGAGGCUCGCGAUGGCGGAGUCAGCGGAUCCCGCCAGUACGUCAACAUGCUGCACUCGCUGCUCAAGCUGAGACAGGCGUGCAACCACCCCUGGCUGGUGCGCGGCGCGAGGAACACCUGGCACAAGACGGGUGAGGGCGACCGGCGGCGCCAACCUCCCGAGGUGCGUUCUGCUCUGGUAGCGGCGCUGUCCCGCGGUGGCGACGCGCAGUGUCCCUGUUGCGGCGACAUAGCGGAGGAUCCCGUCGCAUCCAUAUGCGGCCACGUCUUUUGUGCGCAGUGCCUGGCGGCGCAGAAGGAGGGCGCGGCUGCCACCCCUGCAGUCAGGCGCCGUCGCAGGUGCCGGCAUGUCGCACGGCGGCGGCGGGCGGCCGGAAAAGGUGAUUGUGUUCAGCCAGUGGACGAGCAUCGUACCCGUAUGGCCUUUUUAUCCAUGCGUGGACUUUUCAUUUUUCCAUUCUGCUUAUGUAGUAAGAAGCGGAAGCGGACUUCGUGGUCUCAACGUUCCUCUUCCCGCCGGCUCCAUUAUCUACGCGGCCUUCAUUUCUCCUUAUUCUUAUUCUCUUCACAGGUUUCCCUGAAGGCUGCGGCAUUAGGAGUCAACCUUACGGUAGCCAACCACGUGGUUCUUAUGGACCUUUGGUGGAACCCCACCACGGAGGAACAGGCCAUCGACCGUGCACACCGUAUAGGCCAGACCCGCACCGUGCACGUAACCCGCAUCACGAUUGCCGGUUCUGUGGAGGAUCGCAUUCUGGAGUUGCAGCAGGUUAAGAGGGAGCUGGUUGCGGCAGCACUGACUGAGGGGCGUGACGGCAGUGCGGCAGCUGGCCGGCUCACCAUGGACGAUCUGGACUUCUUGUUUCGGGGACUGUCCCAGUGA